UCUUGAACAGUAGGUGGCGGUAUGGACGUAAUGUCAGCUUGCAAUGUGACAAUUAACUAAAAGAAGAAGUAUGUUCUUGAUGUUUCAUGUCGACGACAUAAGGCUGAGUGAAAUCCUGUCUGUGAAAAUGCCAGCUGGUGUGUCUUGGCCGAGGUACCUGAGUAUGUUUGGGGCCAGUAUACUGGCAAUGCUUGCAGGAGCACAGGCAGUUCACCAUUACUACCGACCUGAUCUGGUGAGAGUAUAGCAGAGAUCCCACCAAAGUCCAGGGAGCUUCAGACGGAACUGCAGGGCUACAAAUUCGCAGAAGAAGCUGGCACGGCUUUACAGAGUAUUAAAGAAGGAAAUAAAUCACUCUGAUAUGGAAUUAUCCAAUAAAUGUCUGAUGGACACUUGGUGUGAGUUUGUAGAUUUUUACAAACUGACAUUUUCGAUUUUAGGUAUUUGACUCGGGUAUGACACACAGGUUGGAAUAUCUGAGUAUGGAUUUGACAUUUCUCUCCUGAGAAAUAAGACUUUCCUCUGGUUUUUACUGCUAAUAUCAGUGAUGAAUGUACAAUACAAAAAUGCAAUUCCAAUAAGGCAAGGAAUAGUAAUGUUGUUUUCCCACUGCUUAAUAAAAUACAAAAAUGUUA